GUCCCAUGCUGCAACCAACCUUCAUGGCCGCAGCAUGUCGCUAUGGAGGAAGCAGAACCAAAGCAAUUUUCUAAUCAGCUUAGUGUCUGUUCAGCAAUACGGUUGACUAGAUGUUAAGCGUUUCGUCUUUGUUUACCUUAUCGAAUCAUGGGACGUACCAAUAAUUAUCAUUUUUCGGCUGAAGUAUCGAGGCAACGGGACACAAAUUAAUUGAAGUGAUGUUUACUCUCACAGAGGUAGCCGCCCUGAAUGACAUCCAGCCAACUUAUCGGAUCCUGAAACCAUGGUGGGACGUCUUUAUGGACUACCUGGGUGUUGUCAUGCUGAUGCUGGCCAUAUUUUCUGGAACCAUGCAAUUAACCAAAGACCAGGUGGUUUGCCUUCCCGUCCUGGAACCAGCUCCAGAGGACCCCAGCAGCUUCACGACACCGCAGCCAGAGGAGGGGUCUGGUUCUGGGUCAGGGAACGGAGUAAGCAGGGUGACUCUAGCCGCCGCGCCCCUAAUGAUUAACGAUCUACCGGAUAGUGUUGUUCAUGAGAUCCACUUCACACAGUAUGGUGGUGUUGGACAGCAGCCUCCGCCAACAGGCGUCAGGACAAACCUGGACUUUCAGCAGUAUGUUUUUGUCAAUCAGAUGUGCUACCACGUUGCCCUGCCGUGGUACUCAAAAUACUUCCCAUACCUAGCUCUCAUACACACCAUCGUCCUUAUGGUCAGCAGUAACUUUUGGUUCAAAUAUCCAAAGACUAGUUCGAAAAUAGAGCAUUUUGUGGGCAUUCUGGGGAAGUGUUUUGAGUCUCCUUGGACGACCAAGGCAUUGUCCGAGACGGCAUGUGAGGACUCAGAGGAGAAUAAGCAAAGGCUCACUGGUGCCCAUUCCCUACCAAAACAUUUCUCAACCAGCAGUGAAGAGGGAAGUCCUAACCAGUCCACCCCGAUGCUGGCUAAAUCUGGGGUCAAGUUUACUGCUGAUAAGCCUGUUAUUGAAGUCCCAUGCAUGACCAUACUGGACAAGAAAGAUGGAGAGCAGGCCAAGGCCUUGUUUGAAAAGGUUAGGAAGUUCCGUGCCCACGUGGAAGACAGUGAUUUAAUCUACAAGCUCUAUGUUGCUCAAACUGUGAUCAAAACCGUGAAGUUCAUUUUAAUCUUGUGUUACACAAUGACAUUUGUUGCUUCAAUUGACUUUGACCAUGUGUGUGAGCCUGACAUAAAACAUUUAACCGGAUACUCUAAAUUCCAAUGCACACAUAACAUGGCAUUCAUGUUAAGGAAGCUGCUUGUCAGCUAUAUUUCCCUCGUCUGUAUAUAUGGCCUCAUCUGCAUAUACACUCUCUUCUGGCUGUUUCGACGACCUCUCAAGGAGUACUCUUUCGAGAAAGUCAGAGAGGAGAGUAGUUUCAGUGACAUUCCUGACGUGAAGAACGACUUUGCGUUCCUCUUGCAUAUGGUCGAUCAGUAUGACCAGCUGUACUCAAAGCGUUUUGGCGUCUUCCUCUCUGAAGUCAGCGAGAAUAAACUGCGAGAGAUCAGCUUGAAUCACGAGUGGACCUUUGAGAAACUGAGACAGCACGUAACCCGCAACGCUCAGGACAAAUUGGAGCUCCAUCUCUUCAUGCUGUCAGGUCUGCCAGAUGCUGUCUUUGAUCUGACCGAUUUGGAGAUCCUAAAGCUAGAGCUGAUCCCAGAGGCCAGGAUAACAGCCAAGAUCUCCCAGAUGAUCAACCUUCAGGAGCUUCACUUUUAUCACUGUCCUGCCAAAGUUGAGCAGACCGCGUUCAGUUUCCUUCGCGACCACCUCCGGUGCCUUCAUGUCAAGUUUACAGACGUAGCUGAGAUCCCCACCUGGGUGUACCUGUUGAAAAGUCUGAGGGAGCUAUACUUGGUCGGGAAUCUGAAUUCUGAAAACAACAAGAUGAUUGGUUUAGAAUCUCUCAGAGACCUGAGACAUCUGAAGAUUCUGCAUCUAAAAAGCAACUUGACGAAGGUCCCAACCAACAUAACAGAUCUCUCUCCACACCUGAUCAAGCUGGUGGUACAUAAUGACGGUACUAAACUCCUGGUACUGAACAGUUUGAAAAAAAUGAUGAACCUAGCUGAACUGGAGCUUCACAAUUGUGAACUGGAGAGGAUUCCCCAUGCUAUUUUCAGUUUGACCAACCUGCAGGAGCUGGACCUGAAAUCCAACAACAUUCGCACCAUUGAGGAGGUCAUCAGCUUCCAGCACCUCAAUAGGCUGAUCUGCCUUAAACUGUGGCACAAUAAAAUCAUCACCAUUCCAUUGUCCAUAAGCCAUGUCAAAAACCUUGAGUCCCUCUACCUUUCGCACAACAAACUGGAAUCUCUGCCCGUACCUUUGUUUAACCUGCUGAAGCUGAGGUAUCUGGACGUUAGCCACAACUCCAUAGUGGUGAUCCCUCUGGAGAUCGGCUUCAUGCAGAACCUCCAGCACUUUGCCAUUACAGGAAACAAGGUGGAGGUGGUACCCAAGCAGCUGUUCAAGUGCACCAAAUUGAAGGCACUAUGUCUGGGACACAACUGUAUUUCUGUCCUUCCAGAGAAGAUUAGCAAUCUGGUGCAGCUAACAAACCUGGAGCUUAUGGGAAACUGUCUGGACCGCCUGCCAGCCCAGCUAGGCCAGUGUCAUCUCCUCCGCAGGAACUGCCUGGUGGUGGAGGACCACCUCUUUGACUCACUCCCCCUAGACGUCAAGGAGAGUAUCAAUCAGGAAGCCAACGUUCCCUUUGCUAAUGGGGUGUGAGUGUGGAAGGACAGUCACUUUACCCAUACAGGAAUGAGAUUACAAAAAUGUGGCAAUAACUGUCCAUACACAGCCAGCUAGUCAACUUUUUUAAUUACAGCAUGUGAACUGGAAUAACGGUUUUUGCUCAGGGCUGACUCGUCGAACAGAUGAUGUUUAAACUUAUAGAAAAUGGCACUGUGCUAACUAUUUAAAAGAGUUGAUUCCAGGUACUGUGGAAAAUGCUAGAAUGAUGGUCUAGAUCCAGAAUAAUAGGUUAGUUCCAUAGUGAUGGGCUGAUUCCAGAAUAACAGACAAGUUCCAGAAUGAUGGGCUAGUUCCAGAAUAAGGAGCUGGUUCCAGAGUGAGUUUGUUGUAGAAUGACAGCAAUGGUUGUGUUAGACACUAAAUGAUUAGUCAAUGUUCUGAGGAAAAGGGAUGCUCCUCUUAAUGAAACAGAGAAUGGUGGUGUAGAAUUCAUAGAUACCAGGGAUACAGUAGCCUCAAAUUAUUGGCACCCUUGAUAAAGAUGAGCAAAAAAUAAUGUAUAAAAAAAGAACACAAAUACUGAGCUAUAUUGUAUGCAUUUUAUUAUUUUAUACUAAUACUAAUCGCUCAGAGAAGUAGAUUUGGUUUAACAAGUAAAACAAAACAAAUCUCAAAAAUAUAUGACAACAAGCAAUGACAACAAGCUCAGUCCGAUGAUGCUGUGACACACCGCCCCCAGACCAUGACGGACCCUUCGAAUCCAAAUCGAUCCCGUUCUAGAGUACAGGCCUCGAUGUAACGCUCAUUCCUUCGACGAUAAACGUGAAUCCGACCUUCACCCCUGGUGAGACAAAACCACGACUCGUCAGUGCAGAGUACUUUUUGCCAGUCCUUUCUGGUCCAGCGACGGUGGGUUUGUGCCCAUAGGUGACAUUGUUGCCAGUGAUGUCUGGUGAGGACCACUGAUGGAGGGAUUGUGCAUUCCUGGUGUAACUCGGGCAGUUGUUGUUGCCAUCCUGUACCUGUCAUGCAGGUGUGAUGUGCGGAUGUACCGAUCCUGUGCAGGUGUUGUUACACAUGGUCUGCCAUUGCGAGGACGAUCAGCUGUCCGUCCUGUCUCCCUGUAGCACUGUCUUAGGCGUAUCACAGUACGGACAUUGCAAUUUAUUGCCCUGGCCACAUUUGCAGUCCUCAUGCCUCCUUACAGCAUGCCUAAGGUACGUUCACGCAGAUGAGCAGGGACCCAUGGCAUCUUUCUUUUGUUGUGUGUCAGAGUUACUAGAAAGGCCUCUUUAGUGUCCUAAGUUUUCAUAACUGUGACCUUAAUUUCCUACCGUCUGUAAGCUGUUAGUGUCUUACCGACCGUUUCACAGGUGCAUGUUCAUGAAUUGUUUAUGGUUCAUUGAACAAGCAUGGGAAACAGUGUUUAAACCCUUUACAAUGAAGAUCUGUGAAGUUAUUUGGAUUUGUAUGAAUGAUCUUUGAAAGACAGGGUCCUGAAAAAGGGCCGUUUCUUUUUUUGCUCAGUUUACCUGCUGUAAAAUAUGAUGGUAGAUAUUUUAUGAUAUGGGGCUGUUUCGCUUCCACUCGUCCUGAGGCCCUUGUUAAGGUCAACGGCAUCAUGAACUCUUCCAAGUACGAGGACAUUUAGCCAAAAACCUGGUUGUCUCUGCCAGGAGGCAGAAUUUUGGCUGCAAGUGGAUCUUUCAGCAUAACAAUGACCCCAAGCAUGCAUCAAAAUCCACAAAGAAAUGGUUAAUUGAUAACAAAAUCCACAUUUUGUAACGGCCAUCUCAGUCCCUGGACUUGAACCCCAGCACAGACCAAAGGAUAUCAAGGAUCUGGAAAGUUUCUGUGUGGAUGAAUGGUCUAAGAUCCUUCCCAAUGUGUUCUCAAAUCUCAUAAAACAUUAUAGAAAAAGGAUAGGUGCCCUUAUCCUUGCAUGGGUAAGGUGCACAACGCAUUGGAAACGGGUGGCAAUCAUUUUUACGUAUCUUAAUAUAUAUAUUCUUUUAGCUUGUUAAAGAAAAUAUUUUUCUCUGAGCAAUUGUAUUAUUACAAAAUAUAAUUUUCCAAUUGUUUUGAAUAGGCCAUACAAUAUUGUUCAGUAUUUGUAUUAUUUAUGUGAUACUGUCUUUUUUGCUCAUCUUUAUUAAGGGUGUCAACAAUUUUGGUGGUGACUAUAUCAGGGUUGGGCUCAAUUCAGAAUUGAAUUGAGAAUACCUUAUAAAUUUCAAUUCUUGAAUUGAAGCAGCAAACAGGAUAAGAAUUGCAAUUUGAAUUACAGGAAAUAGAAUUGAAUUAAGUGAAAUUCUAAGAAAUUCAAAAGGCAGAGACAUAUCUCCGACUGGCCAAUAAAAAGAAAAGAUUAAGAUGGGCAAAAGAGCGGGCACUGGACAGAGGAACUCUGCCUAGAAGGCCAUCAUCCCGGAGGCACCUCUUCACUGUUGACGUUGAGACUGGUGAUUUGCGGGUACUAUUUAAUGAAGCUGCCAGUUGAGGACUUGUGAGGCGUCUGUUUCUCAAACUAGACACUCUAAUGUACUUGUCCUCUUGCUCAGUUGUGCACUGGGGCCACCCACUCCUCUUUCUAUUCUGGUUACAGCCAGUUUGCUCUGUUCUGUGAAGGGAGUUUACAGCAUUGUAUGAGAUCUUCAGUUUCUUGUCAAUUUCUUGCAUGGAGUAGCCUUCAUUUCUCAGAACAAGAAUAGACUGACGAGUUUCAGAAGAAAGGUCUUUGUUUCUGGCCCUUUUGAGCCUGUAAUCAAACCCACAAAUCCUGAUUCUCCAGAUACUCAACUAGUCUAAAGGAGGCCAGUUUUAUUGCUUCUUUAAUUAGAACAACAGUUUUCAGCUGUGCUAACAUAAUUGCAAAAGGGUUUUCUAAUGAUCAAUUAGCCUUUUAAAAUGAUAAACUUGGAUUAGUUAACUCAACGUGCCAUUGGAACACAGGAGUGAUGGUUGCUGAUAAUGGGCCUCUGUAUGCCUAUUUAGAUAUUAGAUUAAAAAUCAGCAGGGUCCAGCUACAGUAGUCAUUUACAACAUUAACAAUGUUUACACUGUAUUUCUGAUCAAUUUUAUGUUAUUUUAAUGGACAAAAAAAAAGCAAGGACAUUUCUAAGUGACCACAGACUUUUGAACGGUAGUGUAUCUGGAAGUGUGACUUGUCAGAUUCAAUGAAACUCAAGUUCUAUGACUGAGUUGAAUUUAUUCAAAUUGCACUGAAUAAAAUUAUACUUCCUGUCACUCAAACUCUAAUUCUACAUCCUGUGGAGUGUGGCUAUAUUCAAUUAAAAUGUCAACUCAUGAGUUGAAUGGGAGUCAAUUCCAAAAUUCUGAAUUGGGCCCAACCCUGGACUGUGUAUGAACUGAUGAGCUUUUAUCUUUUGUUAUUUUGUUUUAUUUACUGUAUGUUUUAUAGCAAAAUGUCUCUACCUUUUACCUGAAUCCAGGAUGUAGCAGCUUAGGGAUUCCUCUCACGAUUUUUACGUCAUUCUUUUGUUGUCAUUAUUUAGAUUAUAAAUACCUGUGGUUGUUUGAAAGGAACCUCCAAACUUACCGACAAGUGUGACAACCCAGUCAACAAGCAUGCCUAUGCCCGUACUAUAUCUGCUGUGGUAAGAACCACAUGUUAUAAGCAGACCAAAGCAAGGAAGAGUUUAUCAACAAGGAUAAUUAAUAAACACUAUUGUACGUGAUAUCCGCUCUGCAGCAUUGAUGUGCAUCAACAAUAUGGUCUUGGCUACUCACUUAAUGACAUUGUGCAUGUGUAUGUUUGCUAUCCUUUUACUCAUAAAUGUGUCAGUAAAGUAUUUAACUCUUUCAAUAGACAUUUUCAACAUGUCCGUUCCCCUGUGAUGCAUUCAGAAUGAAAUAUACCAGAGGUUCCUCUGGUAUCUGAUUUCCCCUAUGUCUCAAUUUCACAAUAUGUUUGAAGUAUUUUUAACUUCACUGGUAUGGUUGUAGGCUACCAGAGCAUGUGAUGCAGGCCAUGCCAGGUCAUUUUGAACUGUUUUGCACCUUUCAAUCAGUCAGAAGUAUCAUAUUCCUGCCUUCCAUUGGUGGCACACAUCUAAUUAAUUUAGUCAUAUAGUGCCUAUCUUUUCCAUUCAUUUAGGAUUCAGACCUGCAGAUAUCUCCUAAUGCUUAUAGGCUGAUCUACACAGCAGUUGCUGUUGAAUAGGAAUUCACCUCAGCCUGACACCACUUUUUUGUUGCAUGGAAUCAUCUGACAAACUUAGAUUUGCGGUAAACUUUUAUUUAAUUUGACAUUUUGUUCAACCAAUGAAAAAUGCUACCAUCUGAAAUGCUACAGUGUUCAGUCUCGACUAGUUAAAAGAUUAUAAAUGUUAAGGUAUGACAAUUGUAACUCAAUAAAGGAGUUGCGUUGACUUGCACAGUAAA